GAUACGAUAUAAAGCAGCGUCAGUAACGUAAGGACUUAUAUCAGGACCGCAAGGACAUUUUCAGGAUCGUAAAAUAUAUGUUCAAAUCGUAAGGACAUUUGCCAGGACCAUAAAGACAUUUUAUCAAAAUCGUAAGGACAUUUCCAAGACAGUGGGGAUAAUUGAAGUCAAAGAAACCAAUACAGAUUAAAAUUAAACAUAUUCACUUACUAAAUCACCAUGACAACAAGACAAGGGCGCAUAAUUUGUGGGUUGUUGGCCCUGAUCUCACUUUUACAACACAGCACUGCGAAAAUGGUGUGCGAGCCACUGGAUGAUGGUCCCUACCUCGGUACAUUGCCCACACUGCAGAUGUCUGUGGAUGAGGCCACACAGGAAGCUCUGCAGAACGCGUCCAACAACUACCUUACGGAGCUAAGAAUAGCAGGCAACUACAGCCUCGGUGACUUCAACCUCAGCGUCAGCUACCCUGUCCUUGAUCCCAUGGAUUAUUUCGUCCCCACGACUGUAGCUGGGGUCAACUACUUCCGGCUCACCAAGGCCAUCGACCGUGACGGUCUGACCGAGUCAGCUGUUGAUGACCUUGACAUGAUACCGUUUGUCCUGACCUGUACACCCAGCAACUCUAGCCUGGCUCCCAUCGUUUACGAUGCUAAAAUAUACAUCAAUGACGUCAAUGACAACACCCCAGUGUUUCUCAACCAAGCAAGUCAAAUUUCCAUAAGGGAGGCCACUCCUGUGGGCAGUACCGUGAUGACCGUGACCGCUGUUGACAAAGACGCCAACGUGGCGGGAAACUUGACCUACAGUCUGGUAAACUCUGGAACUCAGUUCUCCAUUGACAGUUUGACAGGUGCAAUCAAAGUCUCAGAGGAGCUGGACUACGAGAGUCUGGGGACGUACAACUUUUAUAACAUCACAGUUCAAGUUCAGGAUGCUGGUCCAGGUGCAACGAGAUCAAACACAAUGACCCUUCAAAUUUACAUAACAGACUCCGAUGACCAAGGUCCAGCCUUCUCUUACCCCGGAUGUUUCAAAUAUGGUGGCAUUUGUGCCUGGCCUAAAUUUACAACUGGUCUACAAAUGAAAAAGGAUGUGCCACUGACCAUCUACCCAGUGCCCAACCAAAUCUCAAGUUCUGUGACCAUCAUGGCGUACGACCAAGACACGGGCAUCAACAAUCCUGUCCAGUUCUCUGUGGCCUCAACAGUACCACCUGGUCAAGAAAACAGCUUCAACAUCAUAACCACACAGAGCAGCAGCAACAGUUACACAGCCUCCAUUGUCCCCCUGUCUGACAUGCAAGUCCAAGAGGGUUUUGAAAUCUUUUUGAGGGCUGUUGAAAUAUCACCAGCUAAAAGAAGUGUGAUGGCCAUGAUUUACUUCACAGGUGAUACCCCAGCCACACCCACAACAGGACCUUCAGCUAAAGCUUGUGAGCCUUUAGACCAGGGUCCUUACCUGGGUACUCUGCCAGUCUUGGAAUUCUGGGUAGAUGAGGCUACUGAUGCAGAUAUCAAGAGUUCUGCUGCGACUGGCUCCAAGAAAUAUUACUCCCAGCUCAGGGUUUCAGGGAAUUAUGGCGCCGGGGACUUUAACUUGAGCAUAGGCUACAACUUCGCUGACCCGUCCCAGUACUUCACAUUUGUGACUGAGGGUAGGGUCAACUAUAUACGUUUAACCAGGGGUCUGGACAGAGAUGGUAUGACAUCUUCCAUAGAGGAUGAUAUGAGUUACAUCCCCUUCACUCUAACCUGCACACCCAGAAAUCAAAGUCUAACCACAAUGGUUUACGAUGCCAGAAUUUACAUAAAUGAUGUUAACGAUAAUGACCCAGUUUUUGUUGAUGGAAAUAAAACAAGAGAGAUAAAAAUAGCAGAGACAACAGCUAUUGGAUCAGUCCUGUUUUCUGUAACUGCUGAGGACAAGGACUCUAAUCUUGUUGGAAACUUGACCUUUACCUUCCUCAACACCACUGACAAGUUUUCCAUUGACCCACUUACAGGCAGCGUGACCUUGACCUCAGAACUAGACUACGAGCUUCUAGGUGGCAACAAGUUUUACGAUCUCACAAUCAUUGUGGAGGAUGCUGGGCCAGUGGUCAAAAGAUCAGCUAGCACUGUAUCUCGUGUCUAUGUCAUGGAUUCAGAUGACCAAGAUCCAGUGUUUACGUACGCUGGCUGCCAUCAAAACAAUGGAGCUUGUGCAUGGCCAAAAUAUACAACUGGAUUACAAAUUAGAAAGAACCAGCCCAUCAAAGUCCAACCAGUUCCUAACUCAGUCAAUGGGUAUGUUGAUAUCACAGCACAUGACCUUGACAUUGAUAUUGGGAAUGAAAUCACUUUCUCUAUAGCUUCAACAUUUCCUGUAGGGAAAGAAAAUUAUUUUAAAGUUGAUACAGUCAAAGGUGUUGGUAAAACUUACACAGCUAGUGUUGUCUCCCUUGUGGAUAUGGUGCUUUCUGAGGGAUUUCAAAUUUUUCUUAAGGCUGAAGAAAUGUCCACAGCUAGAAGACAGACUAUAGCAAUGAUUUACUUUACUACUAAUCCAUCAGCAGAAUCUCAAGAACAGAUUGCAGAAGCUGUAAUAACCAGUGAGAACUACAGUGACCUUGAAAUAGCUUUAAUUAUUGUGGUUGCCAUCCUGGCAACUCUCCUGGCCAGUUUAGUGUGUGCCAUCAUCAUCUACACGUGUGUGAAGAAGAGGUCCAAGAAAGGAGAAACUUUUUCAACUGUCAUGUAAAUGUUGGUGACCUUGUCUUUCACGUUAACAUGCUGACCACAUUUUAUACACGGCAGCAAUGUUAACAAAAUUUACAAGUUUAUUAUGAAAUUAUAAAGACUUUUCUGUCCAAAAUGUUUUUUAUUCCUCUUAAAGUUUUGGUCAUUGUUGGAUGAAUGAACAAACAAAAAUGGUUGUUAAAAAUGUAUUUAUUUAAAUUAUUACUUGAUCUAAUUAAAAUAUGGAGAAAGUAUAUACUUCCCUGUAGAUGUUUACUGAAUAAUGUCUAAUUAGCCAUCCACUAGUUGUGAUGUUAUGAUGUGUGGAUGUCUUUGUAUUUAGAGUGCACAAUGUUGUUUUUUUUUUUAAUAUUUGACAAUGAUUUAUGAUUGUAAUUUUUGCAUACAUUUUUUUAUUAAAGAUUAGAAU